UGUAACACAGGCAGAUAGUCAGUCGGUCUGUCGGAUGCGAUGUUCUUAUAUUUAUAACUGGCAAAGACGUGUACUAAUUCAUGCAAAACGUAUGAAGAUCAGAUUUACUGGAACUAAAGAAGACGUAACAAGAUAAGAUGGCACUUUCAAGCAGAGGGAUAUCAUUUUUGAGGGCAGGAGUUGGACGACUUCAAACUCAGGCAACGUGCAGUUUAGCUACAUCAUCUCGACACAAUGCAAGUGCUGAUAAAAAUGAUCCUCUGAAGGAUGAAGAUAGGAUAUUUACCAAUCUCUAUGGCAGACAUGACUGGAAGCUAAAAGGAGCAAUGUCAAGGGGAGACUGGUACAAGACCAAGGAAAUUCUGCUGAAAGGACAUGAAUGGAUAUUAAAAGAGAUAAGAGACUCUGGUCUAAGAGGAAGAGGUGGUGCAGGCUUUCCAACUGGUAUGAAGUGGGGUUUCAUGAACAAGCCAUCGGAUGGAAGACCUAAAUAUCUGGUAGUGAAUGCAGAUGAAGGGGAACCAGGUACAUGUAAAGACAGAGAGAUAAUGAGGCAUGACCCUCACAAGCUAGUAGAAGGCUGUCUGGUUGCUGGCAGAGCCAUGGGAGCUAGAGCAGCUUACAUCUACAUUCGUGGAGAGUUCUACAAUGAGGCCUCAAACAUGCAGCUUGCUAUUAAAGAGGCUUAUGAAGCAGGUUUUCUUGGAAAGAAUGCAUGUGGAUCUGGGUAUGACUUUGAUGUCUACAUGCAUAGGGGAGCUGGAGCUUAUAUCUGUGGAGAAGAAACCGCCCUGAUUGAAAGUCUAGAAGGCAAACAAGGCAAGCCCCGUCUUAAGCCUCCUUUUCCUGCCGACGUUGGUGUCUUUGGUUGCCCUACCACUGUGGCUAAUGUAGAGACAGUCGCUGUUGCACCAAUCAUCUGUAGGAGGGGAGCUUCGUGGUUCGCUGGCUUUGGACGUGAACGCAACCAGGGCACCAAACUCUUCAACAUCUCAGGCAAUGUGAACACUCCCUGUACAGUGGAGGAAUCCAUGUCUAUUCCUCUGAAGGUCUUGAUUGAGAAGCAUGCUGGUGGUGUAGAAGGUGGAUGGGAUAACCUGUUAGCUGUCAUACCUGGUGGCUCAUCUACCCCUCUAAUCCCUAAAGAUGUGUGUGAUGACGUGUUGAUGGAUUUUGAUGCCCUGGUUGCCGCUCAGACUGGUCUUGGUACUGCUGCCGUCAUCGUGAUGAACAAGCAGGCUGAUGUUGUCCGAUCUAUUGCAAGGCUCAUGGAGUUUUACCAGCAUGAGAGCUGUGGACAGUGCACACCAUGCAGAGAAGGAACUGGCUGGAUGACCAAGAUUACUAACAGAUUUGUGGAAGGCAAUGCCAAGCCAGACGAGAUUGAUAUGUUGUAUGAGCUGAGUAAGCAGAUUGAAGGUCAUACUAUCUGUGCACUCGGGGAUGGUGCAGCAUGGCCCGUACAGGGUCUUAUUCGUCACUUCCGCCCAGAGCUAGAAGCUAGGAUGAAACGGUUCCACGAGGCCAAGCAGAAAGCAUCAGCCACUGCAUAAAGCCUGCCAAUGUACAUCAAGUGAUAUCAACCUAUCUAUUAAAAUCAGAUAUGAUAUUGAAUCUAUGGAAUUAACAAUAGAUCAAGUCUUUGUAUAGCAAUGCCUUGAAUUAUCAGGGGAUGGUUCACAGAGAAUAGAAGAUCAAAGUCUGACCGAAGGUCACACCCGAUUCACCUCCCAUAGGCUCAGAACAAUGCAGUGGUGUGUGACAUACCAUAAGUAACUGCAAAAAUUAAGUGUGAUUCAUAGAUAUUUUUGAAACACCUUUAAUUUCAAACUGUUGAAUGAUAUUGAGAUCAUUCAUAAUUUUUCGCUAUCCAUGUAUCACAAUGGAUAAGGGGGAAUAUGUUCGUUUACAGAAUUAUCAAUUUGGUUUAACUAUUUCUCCUGGUUUACUUAAUAGUGCAUAACCUGUUAAAUACAUUGUAAAAAGACACCGAUAUAACUGGAUGGUAUAUUCUUAUUGUAUUAUAUAUUAUGUCUUCACCAACAUAGUGAUCUAUACUGUAAUUUCCUGUUAUUUUAUAUAAAGAUGUAGUAAUU